CCCAACUAAUUAUUAGCCUUCUCCUUAUGUGAAGAACAAUGUCUUCAAAGGAAACCAAGUUCGCCUUCUUGUCCUGUGGUCGCCACAUUACUUUGUUCAUAUUGAUGAUCAGUUCUUUUGCCAUUGCUGCUGUAACUGGGGAAGAAGAUAAGAGGUUUUUCAUUGUGUACCUGGGGGAAGCUACCCGGGAGACGAGGGAAUUAGCAGCUCAAGCUCACCUUGACGUCCUCUCAACUUUGAAGGGAAGGGAAGACGAAGCAAGAGAAUCAUUAGUCUACAGCUACACGAAAAGCUUCAAUGCAUUUGCAGCGAAACUGUCCGAGGAUGAGGCUGAAGAGUUAUCAAACAUGGACGAGGUUGUCUCGGUUUUUCCCAAUCAGUACCACCAGCUCCACACCACAAAAUCGUGGGACUUCAUUGGGUUUCCUCAAAAUGCAAGGAGGAAACUGGAAGUCGAGAACGAAAUCAUCGUGGGUCUACUUGACACAGGGAUUACUCCACAAUCUGAGAGCUUCUCAGACAAGGGAUUUGGUCCUCCUCCUUCCAAAUGGAAAGGAACUUGCGACCACUAUGCAAAUUUUUCUGGAUGCAACAACAAGAUCAUCGGAGCAAGAUACUUCAAGCUAGACGGAGGCCCAGCCCCCGGUGACAUCCUCUCCCCCGUCGACGUCAACGGCCAUGGCACCCACACCUCCUCCACCCUGGCUGGGAACGUCGUCCCCGAUGCCGACCUAUUCGGCCUCGCGAAAGGCACCGCUAGGGGGGCCGUCCCAUCCGCCCGGGUGGCCGUAUACAAGGUCUGCUGGGCCGGCGUCGGCUGUGCCGACAUGGACAUCCUGGCCGCAUUUGAGGCCGCCAUCCACGACGGAGUCGAUGUCAUCUCUAUAUCCAUCGGAGGCGCUGCCCCUAGCUACCUUAAGGACACCAUAGCGAUAGGUUCGUUCCACGCCAUGAGGAAGGGCAUCGUGACGGUGGCGUCGGCCGGGAACAAAGGGCCCGACCUCGGGAGCGUGGCUAACCACGCGCCUUGGCUGGUGACGGUGGCUGCGAGUGGGAUUGAUCGGCAGUUCCAGAGUAAAGUGGAGUUGGGUAAUGGGAAGACGGUCAUCGGUGUCGGAAUAAAUGCAUUCGAGCCGAAGCAGAAACUGUUUCUUCUUGUUAGUGGGGCAGAUGUGGGCCGAAAUUCAAGUGUUAUCGAUGCAAGGUACUGUUCAGAGAACUCGAUGGACUCUGCUAAAGUAAAGGGGAAGCUUGUAUACUGCAGAUUAUCGACGUGGGGUGCCGAUUCUGUAGUUAAAGGGAUUGGCGGGGUUGGGGCCAUCAUCGAGAGCCCUGAGUACCUAGAUACUGCCGAGAUUUUCAUGGCUCCAGCCACUAUAGUGAAUGCCAGCGUUGGCGACUCGAUUGAUGAAUACAUUCACACCACAAGAUCUCCGUCAGCAGUCAUUUAUAGGACUGAGGAAGUUCAAGCUCCGGCUCCUUUCAUCGCUUCGUUUUCAUCUAGAGGCCCGAACCCUGGAUCUCAACGCCUGCUCAAGCCGGACAUAGCUGCACCUGGUGUUGACAUUUUGGCAUCGUACACCCCGAUGAAGACACUGACAGGGUUAAAAGGGGACACCCAGUACGCAAAGUUCACUCUCAUGUCGGGAACUUCGAUGGCGUGCCCUCAUGUUGCUGGGAUUGCUGCUUAUGUUAAGUCAUUCCACCCGAGUUGGUCUCCUGCUGCGAUCAAAUCGGCUAUAAUCACCACAGCAAAACCGAUGAGCCGAAGAAUGAACAGCGAGGGAGAGUUUGCCUUUGGAGCAGGCCAAGUGAACCCCACGCGGGCACUUAGCCCCGGCCUAGUCUACGACAUGGAUGAGAUGAACUACAUCCAGUUCCUCUGCCACGAGGGCUACAGAGGGUCCUCCCUGUCAGUCCUCGUUGGCCCCACACCCAUAAACUGUUCAUCCCUCCUUCCGGGGCUCGGAUACGACACCCUCAACUAUCCGACAAUGCAGAUGAGCGUGACAACAGAUGGCCAGGUAGGCGUGUUCCGGAGGACAGUCACGAAUGUAGGCCCAGCACAGGCCGUGUACAAUGCCACCAUUCGGGGUCCCAAGGGAGUGAGCAUCAAUGUGAAGCCCAUGAGCCUGUCCUUCUCGAGGGCACACCAGAAGAGGAGCUUUAAGGUUGUCGUGAGGGCUGGACCUCUGAGAAGCUCACAGAUGGUGUCUGGUUCAAUCAUUUGGAAGAGCCCAAGACAUGUUGUGAGGAGUCCUGUUGUUAUUUAUGGAGAGUGAUAAAUAAUAAAUAUACAUAUACACGUUAUUACAUCUUUUUAUUGUUCAUUAUUAUUAUUA